AACAUGAAAAAAAUAUCUUAUGAGAUGUAAUUCGGGUAAUUGGUACACAUUCGUUGCACAUAAUUUUGCAUCUGUCUACGAUAAGAAAAAAUACAUUAAAAAUGUACGUUAAGCACACAUUCACACAACGGAAAGGUGUUUACGGGAUAAUGGGGAAUCAGGGAGCACAUAUCCUUUAUUUUUUCAGCUAAGAAUACUACCUUUAAUAACAACAAGAAGGAAGGCUAGCUUCGGCAAUCCGAGUAUUAUAUACACUGGCAUCAAAUAUAUAUUUAAACAUUACAUGUGUAUUUUUGUCGACUCAUUUGCCAAUUAUUCCUAAGGCAGCCAUAUGAUAUAAUGGCUCGAUCUGGCCCAAGACCAAGACUUUUGAAAACUGAGAAUAUGAUCAAGAAUAUAUAUACUUUAUGUCUCCCACACUGCGCAUCAAGAUUUUUACUGGAAUCAAUAUACUCUCUGCAAGGGUAUGCAAAAAAAACGAUAACACUACUUUGAAAUGUAGCCCUAAGAGGGACGCAUUUUUUAAUAUAUUCCUAUGUAUGUUAAUGUAAAUAGUCAUAGCGUUAGUUGGGAGGAAUGUGUGUUCCAAACGUUUUGCAUACCUUUUGGCGAUCGGAUGCAUUUAAGCCCAAGGAAUAUUCAUAUUCAUACAUUGAAUAUUAUGCAUUGCACAGCCAUAUUAAUGUAUGAAUUAAAAUUGAGCUUAGAGUAAAAGAUACCCCAAGAUGUUGAUUCAUAAGUAUAGAUUUAAAAUAACAAAUCAUCAUAUUUCUGACUGUUCUUAUUUAAGAUAUGUUUAAAUAUGUACACACAUGUGUAAAUGCAUAUAUAAACAUGGUUGCGUAUUAGGAGCUCGUCUAAAAAUCCAAAUUCUGCCCACUUUAGGCAUCAAGAAAAUUCAAAAAGUUUGCCUACUUAUUUGUUUUGCGUCAAAAUGAAGAGACUGUAUUUUCCUAACAUAGCGACCAAGUCCAGUACUUCCACAUCGCACUUAUUGCAAAUACAAUAGCUAUCGCUUGAUUUUCGGUUGAAAAAUAAACGAUAAUAAAACCGGAUAAAUUUUUUCUUAUGCCCACAUUUUGGCGUAAAUGCACGAAUACAUCGACAUAGUAAAUCACAAAAACUCAGGAAAAUUCAUAGCUAAAAUGGCAAAAGAAAGAUCAGAGGCAUAAGCUCUAAGGCACGCAAACAGAAAACAACCAACACUAUCAAAAGGAAUGACAACUAGUUUUAGUAUAAGGAGAGCGCUUCAUGCGAGGAAUCAACUAUUGGGUGCUCAUUACUUCUGAGUUACGUAAAUAAAGGCACCAACAGUUGAUAAGUGAGCGAGCGGCAAAUUAAUACAUAAUAUGUAUGCAUGUACAUAUGUAUGUAUGUAUUUUAAUAAGGGAAGUAAUAGGACUCUUUAAAGCUUUUAAAUAUGCAAUCGCCUCCAACGGUAUUUAGAUAGGCCCUAAAUACCCGGUCACAAGAAAAAACUGGUGGAAAGAAAAACCAGCCGACUACAUUUACGCCAUUGAGGCCACAUGGAUAGAGCGGAAAACUGGCUGUGCGCCAUGAAACAGACGGACACCAAGCCCGCACACGUAUGCAUCAGCGCUCGAAAAAUAGAAACAAAAGUCGUGUAAGUGUUUAAUACAAACAACAGUCAGGGAACACGCACACCAUCACCGGCGGUACGAAUAACGUAGGAGAGGCGAGAGCAAAGAAAGAGUACUGUAAGCCAUCAGUGUGCGUACGGAAAUGCAUUAGUAUGGGUGAGUGGUGAGUGUAAUGGCAAACGGCAGCAACAUUUAUUUCGCUCAGUUUUAUUUCGUUUUCUCGUCGCAACGCAAGUGCUGGUGAAAUCGUUGUGGCAGAAGUCUAUUUUAAGUGAAUAAAUCUUUUGUUGUGCUCAUGUUCGUAAUUCCAAAACGUUCGUCGAGACUAAAAGACUUCUGCUAAGCUUUCGAGCAAAGAAUAAAAUGAAAAAUACUAUUUUCCACAAAAACAUAGCGUAGCGAUUGUGAACAGCGUAAAAAGAAGAAAGCAAAGAUCUGCUUCUGUUUCUCACUCUCUCGGAAUUGCGCUCUCCGCUUUCAAUGAUCAAUACAUUUACAGUUUGUUAUUAUUUGUUUUUCAUUUUGCCUUUUGUUUUGCACGCUCUCAGUAACCGCGAGACGACUUUCUCAAAUUGCAAGUGUAAAAAUUUAUGAAAACGAAGUAGUGGGCAAGGCGAACUGCAUUGCAAAUGGUAGUGUGUGUGUCUAAAUUUGGCGUUAACAAGAGUUAGCUUAUUACACCUAACCCCUGGGAUUUUUAAAAAUUGUUUCUGCAUUUUGUCAUCAGCAUGUUCGGCUUGACGCUUUGAGCUAGGAAAAAAAACGCGCAUUGAAAUUCGUAACAUGGAUGCUCAGUUUGAGCACUUGUGCCGCAUUUGCGCUGCCAACACGAAAAGCAAGACGAAUUCCGUGGUCGAAAGUGUGUUUAUUUUUAAAACAGAGGGACUGAAGGAUAAAAUAUCUCGACACCUUUAUCUAAAUGUAGCUGAAGAAGAUCCUCUGCCAAAAGUGCUCUGCAAAUCUUGUUACCGCCAGGUAGAGGCCACGGCGUCGCUGUCAAAUAUAGCAAAACACACUCAGCUCGUGUUUCGGGACUUUCUCCUUAGUACACUGCCUAAGAAUGCGAGGGAAGCGGCUGCCGCACGGCUGAGCGUUCCAGCAACCAAAAUCCCACACCGAUACGACGAGGUCCAAGCGGAAAUUGAUGAAUUUCGCCCCAUUUUGCUGACCCGCGUGCCGGAGUCCAGAAACACCGCAUACAAGCCUCAACCAGACAGUUGCGUAGAGCUUGCUCCAAAAACUGGCGAAAACUACUUGGCUGCGUCUUUCUCAUCCUCUUCUCUGAGCAAACCCGCUGGAUCAGUAAAGAACUAUAUGAACACUGGCCGUCGCAACAGCGUUUUUACAGACACUAGGUAUGGAUCGGCCCCACUGUCUAUCGCACAACGAACUAUGCAGUGUCUGCCUUCUUUGGUGCCCCUAAAUACAGAGUCAUUGGGUAGCAACGCAAUGAGAAAGAGCCCAGACUCAAAACCAUCGCCGACAGGAGUAAUAAACUUCAUCCAGACUCAUGGGCGCAUCACAGGUAAUAUACCUGAAGUCCAAACAGAGCACAAUACCGGAAACAUCAACCUGACAGAUAGCAGAAACACGGUUACAGCUUCCGCUCUUAUUUCUUCAAACGUUAGCAAUCCAGGAACGAAAUCUCAGGACAGUAAUUUGUUCCUGCAGAAAAGUAGAAAUCUUAAAAACACAUUAAACAAUAUUAAAGCCAUGCGUAGCGGACAGGUAUCACUGCUUAAGUGUGCGCAAAAUCGAAACCCUAUUGAUGAUGUUAGACCACUGGUCACAACUACACUGGUACCCCAAUACGGGGGUGAACCUUCCGUAGAGGAAGCACUGCCAGAGCACAUGAUCUUUGCGGCGCCAAAAAAGAAGAGGGAAGAUGAAGAACAAUUUCAUCAAACGGCUCUGCCAAAGCUGAAGAAAACUGUGCCAAGCCAAUCUAAGACAAAGGGGACAACACUCGACUUAACUAUAUCGGUUGAUUCGCAUGGUUCACCCCCGUCAACGUCAAUUUCUAAUGUUAAAAGCCUCACUGAUGCAAUUUUCCUUGGAAGCGUUAUUAGGGAUCCAGACUUGUUGAUGCUUAUUCUCAAGGCUCUGAAAUGGCCGGUGACAGCAGAAAACUGCGAUGAGCAAAUGUCCCGCUUAAAAAGUUCAAAGUUUGCUGUUAUAAUGUCAGACACAAACCUUCUUCAAGACACAGAUCUCACACAACUUUUAGGUCCAUAUUUGGCCCCAAUGCUGCCUGUGGUUCAGCAGCAAGAUCAGCCUCCACUUUCCUCAGCUAUCGCGUCUGCUUCUUCAAACACUUCAUCGCAGGCGACUAAAGAUGUACUUAAGCUUGCUGACUUAUCCAGUGCAAUGCCUUAUAAACUUCCACCAGAAACGUCGGUUCAAUUAGUGCCUUCCAGUCCCACGGAACAGGAACCGCAGCCACUGCGUCACAAAAAGACGGUUAGCGUUCCAACUUUCAAACGCCAUCAACGAAAGAUGAGUGCCCUUGAUUUACCUGCUGCUGACAACACCCGCGCCACAAUGUCUGUAUCGACUUCAAAGGCAGCUUAUGUCAGCAACGAACUAUCGAGUAUCAACUCUGUGCUUUUUUCGCAGUUCGAAUCAAAUCCGGCCGACCCUAUUAAUGAAGCGCUUAUGUCCCUCCUUAAGCAGCAGCAACAAGAAACAAAAAACCAGCGAAAAACUCGUCAGAGUUGUAUUGGCUCUGACAGUGCCGUUAAUUUAGAAGACAUUGUACUGGUCGAUCCCCAACCGCCCCUUGAAGUCGAUCCGCAGGAUGUGAAGUACCUUGAGGAUGACUAUGUCUCUCCGCAGUCCCAGCCCGGAUCCCAAUACAAUUUUAAAAGGCGCAAAACAGACAAUCGGUCAUCAGAGCCGUCUGAAGUCAUUGUGCUCGAUAACAGUGGAUCCCCAAAUUUAAAGAAUUCAAAAGAAAUAUGUCUAAGUACGAAACAGAUUUUAUCCAGAGAAACAAAGAAAAGUGCGGUAACUGUUAGAAAAGAAUCUUUGGGUCAGCUAACGCAGGCACCCACAAGUACCGUCCCGGAAGACAUUUGCGAUCCUAAGGCCAGGGCCAUUAAUGCGAAAGAAAAUCCCGAAGUGUGUGAAUCAGCCCCGGACAAUGGAGCUAGCGACGAUAUUGAUGAUAGCAAAGCAGGCUCGGUAUCCGUUCGGAAGUCGGAAGUCAAAGCUGCGCUCGGACAAAAGCUUUUGGAGGCGAUUGGACUUUCUCAAAUGGGAACCGAUGCAGCGCCUGAAAACUCCCGCGACACCCUCAGGAGUGCGCUAAAGCGCUCUAUAAAACAGGCCCAGGAACAACAGUUGCAGCUGAAGCGAGGCAAUCAUGAAGAACCUGUGAAGCAAAUGGCCGAUUCCACAACUAAGCUAAGUGCAGCAGAGUCGGCAGAUGAGCAUAAAAAAGCAAUUGCCGAGCGUGAGCUGGCCCUACUGAAUCGUGGACUUAAAGCAGGAGAAGAAAACACGAUUCCCCUAAAAGAUGAUAAGUCGGAGCGCACUGAUGUUAGUUCUUCAUCAUCAAGAAACCGCCGAGGCCGUAAAUUAAAGAUUAAUGCUAACGUCGAGGAUUUUGGCGAUGAAGAAAAAAAAGACUUUAGAUGGGAUGAUGACGAUGACUUGCCUUUAAAGGCAGAUAUGGAAAAGCCUUCAGAACGGAGCAGCAGCAACACCCGACCGACGCGUACUAGCAAAACGUUAUCAAAGUAUUAUAAAGGACCAACUUCUAAAUCACAUCAUGGCAUGGGUACACGCUCGACACGACAGCGCUGAGAUAUGAUAUAUAUCCUUUAUAUAAAAUAUGUGGUUUUAUUUUUGGAAAAUAUCAAAUACAUAUUUUACGUCCCUCUAAGAUUCACAUGUAAUUGUGUACAAUGUACACUCCCAUUUAAAAACUAGUAUACUUGUAUUAACAUUAUAAAAAGCAAUGACUGGAGUCUACACACGAAAAUGAGUCAAGAAUAGUACAACUAUUUAAAGAGUAACACGAUUUGGUUCAAACAAUUUCCUUACGUAUGUACAUCGAUUAAUUAUUCAUCGCUUACGUUUUCUUUUGAGUUAAGUUUUGAACAUAUAAUGUACCUUCUGCUGUCUGUUAACAUAAAAUCCAGAAUAUGCCUUUAGAAAGCAGAACGGAAGAUAUUUAUUUGGUUUACAGUUUUUAAUCUAAGCUGUAUUUUUAUAGUUUUAAUUAAACUUUUGUUUUUAAUAAUAACGGUAUAUAUAAUAAUCAUUAUAAAUUAUGUAAAUAAAUAAUGAUGCUGAAAAUUAAGCAAUAAACAGUCUUUGAUAGUUCA